UUCAUUAAAUUACUUUAAAGUUAUCUGAACACAAAAAAAAGUCAAUAUCGAUAGAUUAGUUCAAAAAAAAAAAAAAUUGUUAGCCACCGGACGGACAUACACAAAAAAAAGUUAUUAUUAUCUCAAAAGGAAAAGCACCUGAACGAUACUAAAAAACAGUGUUUUCUAUCGAAUGAAUGAAUUAUAAAAAUGAAAUGAUGCGAACGAAUGUUAGACUGUGUAGUCUGGAAUUCAAAAUCAUAUCGAUGAUCAUCAAUUUCAAUUACGAAUAGUAUUAAUGUUAACGACCCACCGAUUUUCGACAUUAAGACGGCGAAUAAUAAACGAUGAAGAAAAUUCACAAAACAUCGACAACGGAACAGCAAUUCGUCGAUCGUCAAAUAUGAGAAGACAUGAAACAGCUAAACUAUGUAAAAUUCAAUCGAUCACCAGCAAAAGAAUUCUGAAAAAAAAUUCAAAUAAAUGGUCGAAUUGUUGAGAGCGCUUGAUUUUGCGGAGAAGUAACGAGUAUGUUAAAACUGAAUUGAAAUAGAAUCGUAUUCAGUGGCAAGAAGAAAAGAAAUAAGUAAACGCAUACACACAAACACACACAAAACAAUUACAAACUGGAUUGUUUAAAAAUUGAAUGAAAUAUACUCUGAGACUGAGAAGAAAAACGAUAUUUGUGCGAUGGGAACUUGGCAAGGAACUUGGGCACAAAGAAUGCACAGCGUUGUAACAUGUGGUCAUGGUCAUCCUGGCGGUGUGCCGUAUCCCCAUCGAUUAGAAAAAGUUAAAUUCGGUGUAACGCUUGACGAAGUAUGCAAACCAGACAUUCCCGGUCCAUUACUAGUACUAAUUUUAAAAUUAAAUAAGGAAGCACCGAGCCGAAAAGAUGUUUUUCGCGCUCCAGGUCAUCAAGGUGCUAUGAAAAAGCUUAUACACUUUUUACAAGCUGGACGCUUGGUCAAUGUCGACAACUAUUCCGUAUAUACGAUAGCUAGUGUUUUAAAGAAAUUCCUGCGCAAAAUUCCAAACGGCAUUUUUGGACGUGAAGUAGAAUCAGCAUUAUUUAAAAUCAUCGAAAUCGAAGACGAAGUUGAGCAACAAACAAAAAUCCAUAGAUUAAUAACAUCUCAACCGAUUUACACGCAGCGAUUAUUGAUUUUAUUAUUUGGUACAUUCCGGGUCAUAGCAAGUAAUUCUGAACAAGUGGGCACUGGUAUGAGCAGCGAAGCCAUUGGAGUGAGCGUUGCUCCCAGUUUUUUUCAGUCUUGCGUUAGCGAUGGAAAAACAGCAAGAAUGGAAGAUGUGUUGCGUUAUAAGGUCGCCACAAGAAUAAUGAAGCAAAUUAUUGAUCAAUUUGCAUCAUUCGAUUUAUUUGGCCGUGAUAAUUAUGAAUACUAUGCACGCGUUACGGGCCGUGUGUUACGCGUUCAAGAUGAGUGGAUUUGCAGUUUUCGAUAUCCAGCACUUCCCGGAGAUCAUGAAGAAUCACAAUCAUCGUGGCAAAAAACUUGGUUACAAUGUCAAUGCGAUCGAUGGGUACUGAAUCAAGAAGAAUCACAAUCAACGCCGGCACUUUUGUCUGCAACGACUUCAAAUGUUUGCAAUAGUUCUGUAUCGUUGGGAAUAAUACCAGAACACACGCUUCUUGAAUCAUGUGCACGUCUUUCUGUUUCGCUAGAAGGUCCCAGUAUUUUUACGAAUCGAUCACAUUCAUCAUCUUCGCACUCAUCACAUUCCAGUCAAUUACAGCAUAAUAUGACUUUAGAUGAGUUAAGAGCGGUCAAUCGAUACGCCGAAAGCACAAAGUCACUUUCUUAUUUACCUCAGGUACAUGAACGACAGACAGCUAGAAUGCGAACUCGUUCUGAAUGGUUUCUUGGUUGCGGUGGUUCGCUUAACUCUGAAAUGAAUCUUUCCAACAUAGAGUCUACCAACACUGGCGACGAUACUAGGGUUGGUUUAAGUGCAAGCUCUGAGUCAAUCUAUCAAACAAAGAGUAGUCGCAGCAGGGGAAAUUCAAUCCGACACCGUCCUCAUCGUGUAUCAUCACGUCGCAAUAAAGAGAAUGGGUCUGGUAGUCGAAGAAAUCGAAUACAAUUAGCAAUUAAUGAUAGUGUAAAAAAUCUUGGCAACACACCGAAAAAUACAAGCGGCAACAGUAGUGGCACCAAUGACGACAAAAUAUUAAAGGUAAAUUUUGAAAAUAAUAGUCCAAUUAUGGAUAGAACACAAAAUAAAACACAUGUGGUGUCAUUCGAAUAGACACAAAUUACAAAUUAACACUUAUGCCACUGGAUGCAGAGCCGUAUUGAACACGAUGACAAUUAUUGAAAAGUGCUGAUAUCACGACUCGUAAUUUACGAACAACAUGAAUUAGAAAAUACUCACGAUUUGAAAUGAUGAAAAUGUCUAAUUAAAUACUAAACAAUGAUCGAUUUUAUGAAUAAUAAAGAGUCACCACAAUUUGUUUGCCAAUUUAUUUGAUCAGUCAG